CUGAAGUAGAGAGAGAAGAUGAGGCGAUAUAACAGCAUGAGGCCACCAUUAAACGGAAGUUCUGUUUCCGUAGGCAUCAAGAAUAUGGAGGAGCAGAAGAAGACAAUCGGUGUCCGAGGUCUGCUGGCAGCGGCGGUCGUCCUUUGUCUGUGCUCUGUCGCCAUUUCGACGGAAGAAACGAAGCAGAAGCAGUUGCGGUUCAAGGAAAACGGGGAAUUCAAGAUAUUGCAGGUGGCGGACAUGCACUACGCCGAUGGCAAGACCACACCCUGCAGGGAUGUUCUUCCUUCUGAGAACGUAAGUUGCUCCGACCUCAACACCACCGCCUUCCUCCAUCGGAUGAUCCUGGCUGAGAAGCCCGACCUCAUUGUUUUCACGGGGGAUAAUAUCUAUGCCUCUGAUGCGACUGAUGCUGCAAGAUCUUUAGAUGCUGCGUUCUCCCCUGCCAUUUCCGCAAGCAUACCAUGGGCCGCCGUAUUGGGAAACCACGACCAAGAGUCCGCCUUGUCAAGAGAAGGGGUCAUGAAGCAUAUAGUUACCCUCAAGCACACUUUGUCUCAGCUCAAUCCUGCCGGGGUUGAGCUCAUUGAUGGUUUUGGGAAUUACAACUUGGAGGUCCAUGGGGUUGAAGGCUCUGGUUUUGAAAACAAAUCAGUCCUCAAUCUUUACUUCCUCGAUAGCGGAGAUUAUUCGAAAGUUCCCUCGAUAUCUGGUUAUGAUUGGAUCAAACCCUCUCAGCAACUUUGGUUUCAACGCACGUCUUUGGAGCUUCAGGUAUCAAUGUUGCCAGUUCCUUUCUUCUGUCUUUACUGUCUUGCUCCUUAUAGACAAUAG